AUGGUUGGGGGCACUUUUGGGUCCUCUGAGCUGGUUGGGACCAUCGAGUUCCUGUACCAUCCUUUUCCUAUUAUUCAUGAAUUUUAUCAGCCAGGAGACCUUGUCAUUGGCAGGAUCCCAUCUCACAUCUUCUUCUUCGACAGCACUCCUUCUUUCGGGGAACAGCCCACGCGGAUGCUGAAUGAUCAACCUGUUUCAGUACCAAAAGAAUAUCAGAACAUUUUGGCCUUGGCAUUUGCUGUAAAAGAGAUCAAUGAGAAUCCCGUAAUCUUGCCAAACAUUACACUGGGUUUCCACAUCCUCAACAGCUACUACAUUGCAAGGAUGACUUAUAAGGCUACCCUAGGCCUGCUUUCUACACAGCAGAGAUUUGUGCCCAACUUCAAGUGUGAUAGCCAGAAACAUCUCAUAUCUGUCAUUGGAGCUCUUGCCUCAGAAACCUCUGCCAAUAUAGCCACCAUUUUAGGCAUCUACAAGAUUCCACAGCCACCAGGAUUCGAAGAAUUCCUUCAGAUGAUAAGACCUUCCUGGUCCAAAGGGGAUGGCUUUAUCCAGGAAUUCUGGGAGCAAGCGUUCAGCUGUACUUUGAAACGACCUGAUCUGCAUGAGGAGAAUGACCGGAUGUGCACUGGGGAGGAGAAGCUGGAUAGCAUCCCUGCCACUUUGUUUGAAAGGAGCAUGACUGGCCGCAGCUACAAUGUCUACAAUGCCGCCUAUGCUGUGGCAUACGCUUUGCAGGCCAUGUAUACAUCCAGGUCUAAACAAAAACGUUGGAUGGAAGGAGAAAGGCUUGGUUUCCAGAAUGUAGAGCCAUGGCAGGUAUUGCCCCUUUCUGUGUGCAACAACCACUGCCAUCCAGGCUCUAGCAAAAAAAAGAAGGAGGGAGAGAAAUUUUGCUGCUAUGAUUGUGUCUUUUGUCCUGAACAGAUGAUCUCUGAACAGAAAGAUAUGGAUGUCUGUGUCAAAUGUCCAGAAGACCAUCAUUCUAACACACACCAAACAAUAUGCAUUCCAAAGUAUAUAAGCUUCCUCUCUUACAAAGAACCUUUAGGAAUCAUCUUAGCUACACUGGCUAUUUCUUUCUCACUAAUCACAGUGUUAGUGCUGGAAAUCUUUGUGAAGCACCAGGACACUCCCAUAGUCAAAGCCAACAAUCUGAGCCUCACUUAUGUUCUUCUCAUCUCCCUCCUGCUUUGCUUCCUCUGCUCCUUGCUCUUCAUUGGACAACCUUGGACAGUGACCUGCCUCCUGCGACAAACUAUGUUUGGCAUUGUCUUCUCUAUGGCUCUUUCCAGUGUGUUGGCCAAAACCAUCACUGUGGUUGUGGCAUUCAUGUCUACCAAACCAGGAUCUGGGAUGAAGAAAUGGAUGGGCAAAAAAAUGCCAAACUCUAUUGUACUUUCCUGCUCUCUUUUGCAAGCAGGUAUUUGUACUCUUUGGCUAAUGACUUCCCCUCCAUUCCCAGAUAAGAACAUGCAUUCACUGGAUGGAAAAAUCAUACUGGAAUGUAAUGAGGGCUCAGCUAUCAUGUUUUACUCUGUUUUGGGCUAUAUGGGUUUCCUGGCCAUUGUCAGCUUCAUGGUAGCUUUCCUAGCCAGGAAGUUACCUGACAGUUUCAAUGAAGCCAAAUUCAUCACCUUCAGCAUGCUAGUCUUCUGUAGUGUUUGGAUAUCCUUUGUUCCAACCUACUUAAGCACCAAGGGGAAAUCCAUGGUUGCUGUGGAGAUCUUCUCCAUCUUAGCUUCUAGUGGUGGCUUAUUAGGUUGUAUUUUCACUCCGAAAUGCUAUAUUAUUAUUCUGAGGCCUAACUUAAAUAAAAGAGAGCAGUUAAUAAGAAGAAAUAAAAUAAAAUAA